AUGGAUUAUAAUCGCUGGCAGUUUUUAUUGCCAAUAGAGCAGUAUUUAAGAGGAAGGGCGUUGGUUCCUUUUUCGCCCCAGAGAGAUAUGAAGGUCAUGUUGCUUGGUCUACUGGUGCUCAUUGGCACAGUAUUCUGUCAGCCAAAAUCGAAUAAAUUGACGGUGCCUAUUGACGAAACCAAUUACAAUGGUGGUGUCAAUGCUCUAAAAAAUAGCACUACAGGCUUCUUGAGCGGAUUUUGGUUUAAUCAACAUGGAUCAGUUUUAUUUCUACACCACCGAAAAGAUGGAUUUUUAGCAGGGAGCUUUCGAACAUUGGUAGAAUCGACGAAGGGAGCAGCUGGAAGAGGAGGUCGUAAAGUGCGUGGUAACGUAGCUCAUCCGAAGCAUGUUUACACCAAAGACAAACCGGUAGCACUGAGUUUCAGUGUAGCUUUUGAUGGAGGUUCGACAACAGCUUGGUCAGGGGAGUAUCAAGUUUGCAAUGAUACACCAUUAAUUCUUACAACAUGGAUUCUGACUAAGCCAAGUCGAAAUUGCGAUGGCCAUUGGGCUAGUACUCUUAUCGGUAAAGAUACAUUCAAGAGGAAACCGUACAAAGCCAGACACUAUAGGAAACAUUUGAAAUUUAUUAACAAACAUCGGAAAUACGGAAAAAACUAACCUAUUUAUUAUCUCAUUAGGAGAGUGAUGAUGAGUUAAAUUGGGUAGUUCAAUGUUCCUCUUUUUUGCUUACUUCAACUUCCUAUAUCAGUAGCGAGUGGGUUUAAUUAUAACUUAUAUUCUUAAUUUGAACACUGUUGCCAUCGAUAGAGGAUUUGUUUUUCUCAUUUGCUUACGACAAAACAUUUCCUUUUAUGAAAAGUUGUUCAUUUUGAUUUCGAAUACGUUUACAAUCAUCAAUAAAUAUC